AUGCCAGUUGGGACUGUUUCUCUGGUUUUGAAAACUAUUUAUGGAAUCUCUUCAAGAAUUCCUUCUUUACAUUAUCCAACGCCCCAAACACUGAGUGGUGCAAACGAUCCCACCAUGGGGAAAUCGGAUAAGAGCUUAUCCCUUUUUAUCCGUCUUUAUACACAUAAUAUUCGUUAUGACAACAACAACCUUUGGGAAGGAGAGCGUCCUUGGAGUGAACGCAAAUAUGCCGUGGCUUCUAGCAUCAAAUUCAAUGCCGCUGGGGAUACAAACAACUUAGUUGUCGCUUUGCAAGAGGUGCUCGAGAAUCAAGUUAAGGACCUUCAUGAAUUAUUAGGAGCUGAUGAAUGGAGUUACUACGGCAUCGGCCGUGAAGAUGGGAUUACUAGAGGUGAGUACAGCCCAAUUUUUUGGAAGACAUCACUGUGGGAAUUGUUGGAAUCAAGUACUUUUUGGCUAAGUGAGACCCCUGAUCGACCAUCAAAGGGCUGGGAUGCCCACUUGGAGAGAAUUGUUGGGUGGGUGCGUUUGAAAAAUAGGAAAUCGGGAAUAAAAGUAAAUGUUUACAGUACCCAUUUUGAUGAUCAAGGAGUGGUGGCCCGCCGGGAAGCUACAAAAUUGAUUAUUUCCAAAAUGCAGGGGACAAAUGACGACCCAAGCUUCCUCGCAGGGGACUUCAAUACUGAGCCAACUGAUGAGCCGUAUAAAGUAGCGUCCCAUCAUCUAUUAGAUAUCUCCAAACAAGUCACUCAUAAGGCUGAUAAAUAUGGCCACUAUGGUGACGUCACAUAUACCGGGUUCGAUGGGGGUAUUCGAGAACGGGCCAAGGUUAUUGAUUAUAUUUGGUGUGAAAAUCCUGAUAAACAGAGAGAAAAAGGGUACAGUUUGAAAUUCUCUGGCUCCGGAGUGUUACAUUCUCAGUAUAAUGGAGAGUAUAUGAGUGAUCAUAGGCCAGUUGUUGCAGAUGUUAUUGUUGAGAAGGCAAUCAAAGAUGAUGGGUCAAACAAUGAUAAAGAUUACGUUAUUUUGUUUAAGCCGAAAGAGGAUGAGACAAAUAAAGUGAUUGCGCUUUGA